CGCAUAUUUUUUGAGAUUAUACGCAAUAUACUGACGUGGGUGGAGAAAUAUUACAUGUGUUUCACCUCUUUAUGUUUUUAGAAAGAGUAUUAAGGGAAUUUCAUUUAGGAUUAUUUGUCUAAUACCUCGUUUAUGUUUACUUAUCAACUUAUAUUGCGUCGCGUAUGCAAAUUGUUCAGUAAACUGUGCAACAGUUAACGUUCACAAUGGGACAAGUGUGGGGCUUAAAACUAUAUUUUACAAACAAAAGUGCAAUAAAACAGUGAAUUUAUUGUGAUGUGUGCUGAAAUGGUUACUUUAUAUAAAUGCAAAGAUUUAUAAGCAGUAAAUAUUUUUGUAAAGAGGUAGUAAGUUUUGGUUUUAGUAAUAUUAAUAAUAAUACUUUGUAAAGGAUUGUGAUAAAAUUUUAUUUACAUUGAUUUAUUUGUAACUAAUUUAUAAUUACGUAUAGGUAAUAUUUUUAUAAAUGAAGUCACUUUAACCCAACAAUCAAUAGACGUAUUUAAUUAAAGGUAAAAUUUACAUGAAGUUGAAGUAAAAUGUCGAACAAAACGUACAAUGAUUUAAUUUGUGACACAUCAGAAUUAAUAGUUGAAGCAACACAGGCAGAUGAAGCGGUUUAUGAAGCUGGAACCGCUGAGAGGUCAACUUUUGAGCCCCUGCUAUCGGAUUUACGUAUAAGAUACACGACGCUAUUGUCUAGAUUAGACGCGGUGUACGACCAACUUUUACAGCCACAAAAGCGCUUGAUAGUUAAACGGUUACUUGAGGCUUGUUUGGGACGGCUUUUGGAAAUAAAACACGAUUUGGUUGAACUUCAUUUAUCAGAUUACACUUAUGAUGACGAUGAGAUACUUGUAAAACUUGGAGUUACACCUCAUGAAGCAGAACCAGUUGUUCCACAAUAUUUUGUCAGAGAAAGAGAAGAGGAAGUCGAAAAGAGACGAUACUUUAUAACCGAUACAUUAAGGAAGCUCGGCUAUGAGCCUCCAAAGCCAAGGUCUUUAGUGCUAACAGAACAGCAAGCUGUUAUCAUAAUUCAAAGUCAUGAAAGGGCUCGACAAGGAAGACUGAGAGGGCAGUUUAUGAAAGAGAUUCGCCUUUUAAAAGAAAAGGGCCGAGAUCAAAAGGGAGAGAUGUCGGCGUCAGCAGCAACUGCUAUACAGCGAGUUUGGAGAGGUUUUAUAGCAAGGAGGGAUACAAAAAGGAGGAAACAUGAGGAACAAUUGCUAAUAGGAAUGAAAUUAGCACCGUAUACCGAAUCUAAAGCCAUAAAAAAGGCAGAAGAGGUAAAAGAAAUACGUCGUAAGGUUCAAAAAGAAUAUGAACAGGAGUACCUGGAAUCAUUAGAAAAAACUGAAGAGCAACUUCGAAGUCAGCAUGGAGUCAAAAUAAAUGAACGUAUCGGAGAUGAACUGAGAAGAUGGAUUUCAGAAUACUUUGAAAGGACUGGGAAAUUCCCUGACUUUCCUUCAGAAGAAGGCGGUGGCAGCAGAGCAAUGUUCAGUAGACAAGGUACUGGUAUGGACAGUGAUCUAAGUAAAACAUCGCCUGUUUCUUCAAAAGACUCUAAAAAAAGUAAAGAGAGCAAGAAAAAUAAUAAAGUCGAUGAAAAUAAAAACAAAGAUGAAGGAGAAGACUUGAAGUCUUUUAAAUGUACACCUUCAGCGUUUUUAAAUGAUAUUGUCAGUGCCAACGAAGAGUAUGAAGACAUUUGGAAAUUUAGAGAAGAAGAGGUAAAAAACGAUGAGAAAUGUGAUAACGAAAUGAUAGAAAGAGAAAAGAUGAUUAAGAUAGAACAAGAAAUUCGAAUUAUUGUAGACGAUAUGAUGAGGAGCGAGUUAGAACUUUUACAGGCAGCUUUGGAUAGGGAUAGAGCACAUAAAGGAAAAAAAGCUAAGAAACCACAAAAGAAAGUGCGACGCGGAGGUAAAAAAAGCAAGAAAAAGAAGGAAAAAGAUUUAACACCCGAUCGCACAACUGAAUCACUUUUUGAAGAAUUGGUGACUAAUGGAAUCAUACGCCCUUAUCCUCUAGUAAAAAUCGAUGAUUUUAUUGGCGAGAAGAGCUUUGUUGCUAACGAGUGUAAGAAGCAAGGUCAGGAACCAUCACCGUGCUUAGGCGAUAUUCGUCAAUUGAUAAAAGAAUUCUGCAUACUGCCUCUUGGAUCUGAACAUGUUAGGACUAAUUCACCUCUAGUGAGAUCUGUUCUCGUAUCGGGUCCGUCAGGCAGUGGGAAGAAAAUGUUAGUACACGCUAUUUGCAGUGAAACUGGAGCUACGCUUUUCGAUUUAACACCAGCAAAUUUAGUAGGAAAAUAUCCAGGAAAAUCUGGACUAAUUAUGCUAAUACAUUUGAUCAUGAAAGUAUCAAGACUUUUACAACCAUCUGUGCUUUGGAUGAACGAUGCAGAAAAACCGUUCGUAAAAAAGAUACCAAAAACGGAUAAAACUGAUCCGAAGAGGUUGAAGAAAGAUUUGGUGAAAAUAAUUAAAGGAAUUUGCCCUGAAGACCGUGUUUUAUUCGUGGGUACAUCUCGAACACCAUGGGAGGCGGAACAAAAGCUCCUAUUUCAAUGUUAUUCGAAGGUCAUACAAAUACCAAGGGCUGAUUAUGGAAGCAUAUCGUUGAUGUGGCGUACUACAUUGCACAAAGCUGGUGCGUUGUCACCCAAAUUAGAACUGUCAUGUUUAUCAAGGGUCUCUGAUUCGUAUACGAUUGGUACUUUGCUGGCUGCAUUGGACGCGGUUCUGACAACGAAGAGACGUCUUCAGUUAAGAGUCCGAGCAUUUACUGCUCAAGAAGUUGCUGUUCAACUUAGUUCUUUCGAACCUGUUUACGUUGAGCAUGAUGUGGCAGCAGAGUCAUGGUGGUCCAAAACACCAAUGGAAAGGAGGAAGCAAAGAAUUUUACAAAGGUUGUUAGAAAUUGAACAGGAGAACGAAGAAAGAGCCGCCGCAGGGAAAUAAACAUUUAUGUGAAUGUAUUAUCUAUAAGUCUAUUAAUGAUUGCUUUUGGAUUACCUCAAAAUUAGAAGAACACCCCAAAUAUCAACAAAUAAACCACUAUUUAGAGCACUAGUAAACUGCACUUGAUGUGGCAAAUGGCAUGGUACUAAAUAUUUUUAUAUUAUAAUCGUAGAAUUAUCUAUG